AUGAGCGGGAGAUCUGGGCCUCUCAUCUCGGUAAAUCAACACGGUCUUUCGUUUUUCCCUUCGGUUCAAGAGGAAUGGAGUGCGGAUAAAUUCAUGAGCGAGUUUCAAGUCGUUGUGACAUCAUUUACUCCAGAAACCAUUGAAUUCGAUCUGAUUAACAUUGAUUGCACGUUCGCUAACGCAAUUCGUCGAAUUCUCAUUGCUGAAGUGCCAUCAUUUGCUAUCGAUCGGGUGUUUUUGUAUCAGAAUACAUCAGUCAUUGCGGAUGAGACGUUUUCUCAUCGCCUAGGCUUAGUACCAUUGAACGUGGAUCCCGACAAAAUGGGCUUUUGCACGACUGAUUUGCCAGAUUCUGAUGAACUAAGCAAAUUCGAUCCAACAUGUCACCUGGUAUUUGACCUAAGUGUAAAGGCUGGGAGGUCGUCAUCCAAAGAAAAUGGUGACUGUCAGUCUAGGGAGAACUUCAGAUCGUUUCCCCUGUACAGUUUGGACGCUUUAUGUAAUGUGCGUUCUGACACUGGAUGUUACUUAGUUCUUCUCUAUUAUAUAGUGCUUACAAAUGAAUUUUGUUAUAGUUCAAGCCUUACCUGGGUACCGCUGCCUGGCCAGGAAGACGCCUUUAAAAAUGAGGGCGCUAGUUAUCCUGCUCCUGUUAGCAGAAAGAUUCUACUCAACAAGUUGGGGUCUGGUGAUGAAAUACUGGCUCGUUGUCUUGCGGUCAAAGGGAUAGGUCGGGACCAUGCCAAAUUUUCUCCUGUUUCGGCUGCCUUCUACAAGCUUUUGCCGUCAAUUGAAAUUAAGGGGACAGUGCGUGGCGAACUUGCCAAAAAGUUGCAAAGAAGCUUUGCCAAAGGCGUUAUUGAUGUAGAUUCGCGAACCCAACUGGCAAGUGUGGCGGACGCAAGGUUGGACAAUGGUUCCAGAGAACAUCUUAGACACCCCGAUCUGGCCAAUCUGGUGCAUGUCUUUCUCAACCCACGUCAUCUUAUUUUUACGGUGGAAAGUAUUGCUCCCGGCUACCGUCCGCCUGAUACACUUGUCAAAUGUGCCAUUGAUGUGAUGCUUUUAAAGUGUGCGCACUACCUUACCAUUGUGGAAAAGCCAGGUUUUGCUGCCAGCCCACAAUGUGCUUCGACCGGAGACGUUGUUGAGGCUGAACGGAUCGGCGAAGAAGCCGCGAAAACCUCACUAAAUGGGCGUGUAGUCGGCCUAGAUGUCGCUUUUGUGUCGAAUGAUCUGCGCCGGGCCACCUUCCACUUCACGGGCGAAGAUCAUACUCUCGGAGCUCCUCUUCGUUACUGUAUUCUUCGCAGUGGAACAGUGAAACUUUGUGGGUACUGCCAACCUCACCCCCUGGAGGACUCGAUAACCUUUGAGAUUCAGAGUAGAGGUGAAAUGGCCGUGGUGGUGCUACAAAAAGGCUUAUGCUGCCUUCGUGAAUGUUUUGAGCAGAUCAAACGCAAAUUCAAAUCAGCAAUGAAGAAGGUGCAGAAGCAGGCUUCAAAAUCUACAUCUGACUGA